AUGGGAUCUGAAAAAAUUAAGUAUGGUCCGCCUACAGGUAAAAGGAUACUGAAUGUAGUGGAAAAUGACCAAAACAAGGUAGAAGGAGAUAGAAACGAAUCGCAGAGUCGUAUAAGAAGUAACUGUGGAGAGAAGCCUAAGAAGAGAAAAGAUUUGGUCCGCGGCGGGUUCCAGCCGCGCCUUCCGACUUCGCUGCCGCCCCCAGGGCAGCAGCAGCAGCAGCCGUCGCCGCUACCACGCCGACAGCCCGUCCCGUUGAUGCCUCCCGCGCAGCUUCAUACGGGAGCGCCCCGGGUGGUCGCUCCGGCGCCUGCGGUCCCUCUUCAGUCGCCACCGCCUUCGGAGCAGAUGGACGUCGACCCCUCAGCCGGGCCGCCUUCCCAAGCGGUGGCUGUGCAGCCUGUACUGCAGCCGCUUUCCUUGGGCACCCCCAAGGAGUCUGACACCGCAGCGCCUUGUCCGGCGCCCACUCAGCAGCCGUCGACGCAGCGUCAGGAGACGCUGCCUCUCUUCGUGGGCCCCGACGCCCCGUCGCGUCCAGUACCAGAAGCUGCGCCCGUGGUCACAGGCGUGCACCCUGACCUCGGUUUUCAGUCGGUGUUUCCCGAGGCCCCGCGCAGCCAAUGCUGGGGUCCGUACCUGCAGCCCUGCAUAGAUGCUAAUACGUCUCCAGAGGUGUCGUGCAGUUAA